UCACGUCUGUGAUCGCAAGCAGCAGGCUUUUUCGUUUGGUACUUUCGUUUGAUGUUCAUAGCAUGAUGUAUUGAGUGUCUUGUUCCCAGGUGUUGUGUAUGUGAAAUGUAAAUGUAUGCGGCGUUAAUUCCUCCAAUUUUUGUACUUAUAAGGUCACCUCACUUAGAAUUUUAAAGUUUGCAUGCACUUCAUUAUCUUUAACCCAAAUGUCAACGUGAUUUCUUUUAAAAUUUGGUUUAUAAAACGAUACAAAGUUUUGGGAUUAUUAACCUUGGAGUGAGUAGUUAAAAAGUUUAUCAAGUGUUCUCAAAUUGCCUACGUCUGGGGCAUUUCAUUACCAGGGCUUUGUUUUCAAAAUAAACCGAAAUGCAUUUGAUAAAUUCGUUACCUUAGUGGAUUACGGGAUUAGUGCAUCGCUUAUGUUGAAGUGAAUUUCUAUUGAAGGCCCAAAACCUAAUUGCGGGCUCAAGGUUUUCUUAGCAAAAUGAAAUUACUGAGAAAAACAUUGGUUUUAUUUUGGAUAAUAGUGCAGUGUUCGGGCAACAGUGAAUUCGAGCAGCAUCGAACUGGUAGAAAAUUACAAUCUAGUGAGAGUGAGAGAAGUGAAAAAAGUACAGGUAGUGAUAGUUCGCCAGAAAUGUCAUCGACUGAAAAAUUGUAUAGACAAUAUACAGCGGCUGGAUAUGUCAGUAGGACCCUCCAAAGGGCUUCAUCAUCAUCUGUUUUAGAUGAAGCUCAUUCUCAUGCUGCAGCAAGGUUGGAUCCAGUUGGCGCAGAAGCGUGUAACGACGACCUGUCCUGCCUAAUGAUGGCGACCAAUGACAGAUUGGGUCUGGAGGCCAUCAAAUCCCUGCACAGGCAGCUCGACGAUGAUGCCAAUGGCGCUGUCGACUUGUCCGAAUCAACUGAGUUCCUUCGAGAAGAGUUGAAGUAUGAGGACGGAGCUGAAAGGAGACAACGAGCAUUCCAUAAAAAUGAUGACAUGCAUAUUAGCGUUAAGGAAUUGUGGGAGGCAUGGCUCAGGUCUGAGGUUCACAACUGGACAGUGGAGCAGACGACAGAAUGGCUGACAAGCAGCGUGGAGUUGCCUCAGUAUGUUCCAGUAUUCAUUGUAAACAAAGUUACUGGUGCCUCUCUUCCACGUCUGGCAGCGAGCAAUAUGCAGUUCAUGACGAAUGUAUUGGGAAUCAAAGAUCCGAUACAUAAGCAGAAAAUUGCACUCAAGGCUAUGGAUGUUGUCCUUUUCGGUCCACCCAAAGAUACAACUCAUUACUUGAAGGACCUGAUCCUGGUGACUCUGUUGCUGGGAGCUCUAAGCUGCUGUUGGUAUGCCUACAGGCAGAACAAGAACUCGCGUCGGCAUCUCAGGCGCAUGAUGAAGGACAUGGAGGGGCUGCACAAGGCCGAAUUGGCUCUCGAAAACCUCCAGAAAGAGCUGGAGCGAGCCAAACAAGAGCAAGAGAACGCCACUUCGGAGAAAGUAGAUCUGGAGAGGAAGCUGCAACAGCAGCGCAGUCUGGAGGGAUCCGAACUCAGGACUUCCUACUCCGAUCUGGAGGUGUCACAGCUCAAAGCCGAGAUUGAGAUGCUGAGAAACGAGCUUCAGCGCGCCGAGGGUGAACUGGAGGACAGAUGUUGGUCACCUCCUGCCGGCUUACAGCAGUGGUUGCAGCUAACACAUGAAAUCGAAAACAAGGCCUAUGUCAAGAAGAAAGUCUCCGCUGAGAAACAACUUACACAGGCUAGAGAAGCUUGCGAGAAGUUGAGGAAGAAAAGAUCGAGUCUGGUGGGUGCUUUCGUGUCAACACAUGGAAAGACAAUUGACGAUGUUGAUCGCAGUAUUGUCGAAGCAAGGUCAGUGUGCGAGAAGUUGAGGAAGAAAAGAUCGAGUCUGGUGGGUGCUUUCGUGUCAACACAUGGAAAGACAAUUGACGAUGUUGAUCGCAGUAUUGUCGAAGCAAGGUCAGUGGUGUGCUUCUUCAAUGGUCUUCAAAUAGUCUUCAUGGCUGUACGCCAAUCAGUUCUCUACAGAAACGCAGCCAACGGCAGAGGAUUAGGACUCAAAGGACGAAUGAAUAGUCAGGACGAUUUGGACGACGAUGCCAGCUCCUAUUCGCCGUCAACAGAUAGAGGCCAUGACCCACUGUGGAAGGACAGAGAGCUGGCCGACUCAUCUGAGAGUGAGAAACUCGAUCAUGAAGACGAUGAUGCCAGAUCUAAUGUACAAUUUACAGUCGGAAGUAGUGAUUUAGACGAUUCAAGGCAGCAACAGUUGAACAGGGAUGACUCGAAUUUGAGCGGUCGGAUGGGAGGGGUCAGCAGGGGUGACCCUGGGGAUGGAGGGGGCCCCCCGCCACCCCUCAGGCGGGACCUGGUGACGUCACACUCCCGCCAGGACAUGUUCAACAAGUCGACGCGCAUGGGCAGAUCCUACAGUCAGGACAUCCAACAGGAGCCGGUUUCUGCGCAUGAGCAUGAGUCGCCACUGCCAAAGAUGUCGCACUCAGAGUCCAACCUGGAGCACCAACAGCAGCUACGACUGCGGCGCGGUCUGGCGGCCACCGGUCGAAGCUCCAGUCGGCUCGACCAAUCAGCUGUCAGCAACCAACCAACCGCCGGUCGGCUGGACCAAUCAGCUGUCAGCAGUCAACCAACUGUCGACGAGGAGACUCUCUCCACCGACUCCAACUCAAUUGCCGAGGAGCUGUCCGGCUUGGCAACACUGUCGCCCGAGAAGAAACCCAAAAAGCACAAGCUGCACUUUCCCAAGUUCAGUCGCAAAUCGCGGGCGACACCAUCUCCACCAGUUGGCAACAUUGUUUCCUCGUCUUCCUCAAAACCGGCCACGUGAAAUUUGAAUUUCGCGCCAGUUGGAAUCAGUUGGCAACACUGUAUACCCGUAACCGAUCAUGUGAAAUUCAAAUUUCCCCCUAGUCGGAAUCAGUUGGCAACCCUGUUUGAAUGUAGCCUGGUGCAUGAUCAGUUGGCAACGCUGUCUUCACGUGGCAGAUCACGUGUGAUUCAAAUUCCCCACCAGUUGGCAACCCAGUUUGAAUGUAACCGGGUGCGUGAUCGAUCAGUUAACAACACUGUCUACUCGUAACCAGUGAAAUUCGAAUUUCCCACCAAUUGGCAACCCUGUUUAAAUGUAACCGGGUUCGUGAUCAGUUGGCAACACUGUCUCCAAGUAAGAGGUUAGGCAAAAUUUAAAUUUCCCACCAUUCGGAAUCAGGCAACCCUGUUUUAAUGUAACCGGGUGCGUGAAAUUUGAAUUUCCCGCCAGCUAGUACUGGCAAAACUGUAAAAUUGAAACCUGCCGUAUGAGAUUUGAAUUUUUCGCCAAAUAUAACGGUUAUAAUUAUUGUUCGCGUGAAUUAUCCUCUCUAAGAACUUUUGAAGUAAAUUAAUGUUUGGUGGGGAAGGGAGUAGAUUGUAUGCACUAAAGCGUGAAUAAUGCUCUUCUUCCCUCCAUGAACUUUAGAAAUAAAUCAUUGUUUGGUGGAAGGGGAAUAGAUUGUGUGAACUGAUUUUUGUAGUUGGCAACAAAGAUUUAUCCACGAAUUUGUUAAAUUUGUAACAAAACCACAUUAUUGGAAUUUGAAUGUUUGUCUAUGAAAUUUCGUCCUUCAGUGUAUAUUAUGAUCCCCGUGUGUAAUGAUAAAUAAUUUUUACUGCGUUAUUCUGUCCUGAUGCGUUAGUACCUGCUGUGUGAACUUUAUUUUUAUGAAAAUAUAUUUUGGUUAGCGGUGUUUUAGUGCUGUAUAUGUUUUACAAUGCGUUUUUGUGAAUAUGACUGGAGGUUGAGUGAAGAACUUGUGAAAAUUUUUAGUUUAGGGAGUUGGUCAUCAUAAAACAUUUUUUUGAACGAAGUUUAGUGAAAUUCCAGUGAGGAACCCUUACAGAACUACUUUAAAAACAAUCGAUUUUAAAAACCUAUCAACUUUUGUAUCCUUAUACAACGUAUUUCCUCGAAUGUAUGACUAUAUUUUUCAUAGUAUAUAUUAUGUUUAUAUUGAAAGUGUAGGAAUGAUUAUUUUUAUCGCAUUCUUAAAAUCUUGUAGAAUGUUCUCUUGAAGAUUACUUUUUCAUUGAAAUUGAAACAAAAGAUGGAUUUAAGAAUGAUGAUGAAAUAUUGUCUGACUCUACCAUACAGUACCUACAGUACAUCAAAACAAGACCUAAAUGAUCACUAAUUUUGUAAGUAUGAAUUUUAUUUUUGUCUUUUGAAUUGUAUGAUUUUAAUCUUGACUUCUGACUUGUAAUUAUGAGAUAUCUAAUAGGAUAACUAUUCUGAGAAGAAUUAUCAGAAGAUAAACUAUUAUCAAAAGGAAAAUCUUGAUUCUCAAUUUAGACCAAACCAAAUUGUGGUUGUGAUUGAACCAAUGGAACCAAACAUGAUACUUUAUUAGUAAAAUUAAAUAAUGAAAUUGAUAUAAGAAUUAUUUUGAGAACAUAAAUUAUUGAUUCCUGCAGUAGUUUUCUUGUAUAAGCUACUCAUUUUUUGCAAAAGUUUUGCAGUCAAUCUAUCCAUUCAUUUAUAUAACGUGCACUUAUCAAGUACAAGAUAUUUGAGAGGAAAAACAGGUGAAACCUUUAAUAUUCCUCUCCCAAUUUUAAACUUUCAUUACUUUUUAAAAUCAUGUCAAGUUACUUUAUCCUUUUUCAUCAUAUUUCAAAUAUUGUCGAAAUAAAUAUUUUUUAAGUACAGCUCAAGUAAAUGAUAGACUACUUUACUGUAUCAAUUUCAAUUAAGUUUUUAAAGUCUUCAUCUAUUUUUUGCAGCAUAUUGAUACGAUCCUGAAAGUUCCUUUGAAAAUCAGAAGUUCAUACUUUUGUAAAUUUUGUCCUUCAUGAUGGCUCUGAAGAAUUUCAUAAACCUAAAUUUGGCUUUUUGAAAUAGAAGAUUUUAAAAAAUUGAGAAUUCGGUGAGUUACAAAACAUCUACACCAUUCAACUAACAAAAGUAGAAAUAACUGUUAUUCUAUGUCGAAUUUAGUGUGACAGUAUUUUGAUUGUACUUUUAUGUUGUAGCAAGUUGUAAAUUUAAUAUCAGGGGAGUAGUCUUGGAAUGGGUUGAGGUAUGGUAAAAGUAAUUGUUUAUUCAUAAAUCAUUUACAAAAUGUUAUCUACUUGUUAUAAAUUGUAAUAUAUAGGUACUGCGUGAAUCAGUUCUUAGAGAUCCUCAAUAUCAUUGAAAAAAUAAAUGCUCUGAUUGUUUUAAAUAUUAGGUAAAAUAAGGAAAUGAAAGACUUCCAAUUGCAAUUGAAAAAGACUCUUCAAAGCUCAUAUUAUUGUAAUAUUAUGGUCAUUGUUCAGUAAUUAACUUUUAGUAAUUGAAGCUUAUAUUAAUAUUAUCUAAAAUUGAAGUAGUUAGUACUAAAGGUUAUGAUUCUAAUGAAUUUCUUAAUACAUUUUGAUACGGUUGUUUCAAGAAAAAACCUAGUGAUCAAUAAAAAACCGUUUCAAUCUUCAUUUGAAAUUCAUCUUAUUGAGUUAAUUUUGAAUUCUCUAAAUUUUCCUAUUUUAGGUGAAAGAUAUCAAAUGUCUGAAUUUAGUUUUUGAGAGUAAAUUUAAAAUGGGAUAUACGAGUUCUACUUGAACUAGUAGAAUAAACAAUUAUCAACAAUCGAUAUUACUUUUGAUAUUUUUAUUAAUUUCAACUAAAUUCUUGUUAUUGCCUACCUCUGUUUGCAUAUUAUAAGUCACAAAACCUUGGAUUUGAAUGAAAUUUGUUCAUAUUUAUUUUAGUUCUGUCACUAUAAUAUUAUCAAUAGAUUAACAAAUUAUUACAUGGUUUAAAACUAUGACAUUUGAUUCUCACGAAGGGUACUAUACAUUUACAAAUUAAGAUGUACAUAAAUAAUAUUUUUAGGCGAUGUUGAAUAAUUUUAGAAUGAAUUGAAGUGAUAAUGUUAGGCUAUAAUAUAGGAUAAAUUAAAUUUGAGUUAUUAGACAUAAGCUAUGAUAUUGUUACUUAAAUUAGUAAUGUCCACUUCCUUGAAGGUUUUUGACUUGGAAAUAAUUGAAUAUUGUCGAAUAACUUGCUUAAUGCAUUAAACUCCCGAUUAUUACAGUUAUGAAAAAAUAUCCAUCUAAAUUAUAGAUCCUGAUUAUGUAUUUUGCAAUAUUCUUAUGAGAUUUUCAGAUUGCAAUGGAUAUUAAUAUUGUUUUGAUUUCGACAAAAUCAUUUAUUUGGGUGAUAUCAAGGAACUCCUAAAUAAACCAAUAAAUUUGUGAGAGUAUUAUUAAUUAUUGAAGAAAUGUUGUGUCCUUUUCAAGUGGCUAAACGUGUAAAGAGUAAAAAAGUUUUAAAGAGUAUAUUAAUUUAAUAUCUCUAUUUAAUAUUUUGAUAAAAAUGUAUGCACAAUCGGGAUUUUACUGUUUUAAAAUUGUUUAAUCUCUGUAAAUUUUUAUUUUUUGUUGGAAAUAUUUAAUGAAAUGCACUUGGUUUGGUAUUGUAUCAUUACUUUAGUUAGGCAUGAUACUUAAUGUACAUGAAUUCAUGGUCUAUUUUUAUUGUAAAACUUGUAUUUGCUGACAUAAUCUCUCCCAUUUAGCUGUGUUAUAAUUUAUUCCAUUUGUGUUUUUAAUAAUGAGAUUAUUUUUUCAAAUACACAUUGAUUCUAUUUUCUGUAGAGGUGUGUAUUCCGUUGCCACCAAAAUGUCAAAGCAAAUUCAAUAUAUCCUGAUUAUAUUAGAAAAAAUAUACACUUCUCUUGCAGAUGGAUACUUACCUCAAUUACCAUCAAUCAUAUCUCAAAAACUCUAUCUGUCCUGAAUUAGAUUAUCAUUCUUGAAUGAUCUAUGCAAUUUCUACUUUUAAGUAAUUUAUUUGAGUAUAAUUUAUUUAUGGCAGUGAUUUUUUUCUCCCAAAAUGAUCUAUCUUGCAUGUUAUUCUUGCGAAAUAAAAGAUGAAAAAUGCUUUAAACCACUAGAAAAAUUAUAAAUAAUUACUCCUUUGUUGUCUGAAUUGAACAUUCUAUGUGACAAUAAGCGGAAAUAAUGUUAUUCAAGCUUUUCUUUCUUUAGAUCUUCCAGAUUGAUUUUAUUCUAUCUUAAUAUUUAUCUAUCUUUAAAUAUCUCUUCUGUUUUUUCUACCCAGCUGUUUGUUAAAACGAUUGGAAAAUAUAUUUUUUUGUUACAUAA